CUCCUCCAGCGCCGUUCCGGAAGUGCAGCCGCCCUCGCGCCCACCAGCGGCCACCCCCUGCGGCAGGCCCCGCCCCUCCAGGCUCCGCCCCUUAGUUCUCCGCCCCUUGGCUCUCCGCCCCCUCCUUUGGUGGUUGAGCCGGGUUGCAUCCCUGGCGGUGGCGGUUUCGGUACCCGAAGCCGGGAGCGCAGAGUCGUUCCCGGAGCGGCGGCCAGGCUAUGAUCACCGGUUCCCGGUGUCCCGCUCCGGCCAACCAUAGUCCUUGUCUUAGCCAGUUCCAGUGUUCGAGCGGUCUCAGCCCGGCCUCGCAGCGUGGUUGGCGGCGGCACCCCUGGCGCGCCCCCUCCUCUGAUGGCGGCGGAGAUCCAGCCCAAGCCACUGACCCGAAAGCCGAUCCUGCUGCAGCGGGUCGAGGGGUCCCAGGAGGUGGUGAAUAUGGCCGUGAUCGUGCCCAAAGAGGAGGGCGUCAUCAGCGUCUCAGAGGACAGGACAGUUCGUGUAUGGUUAAAGAGAGACAGUGGACAAUAUUGGCCAAGCAUAUACCAUGCAAUGCCUUCUCCAUGUUCAUGCAUGUCUUUUAACCCGGAAACAAGAAGACUGUCCAUAGGUCUAGACAAUGGUACAAUCUCAGAGUUUAUCCUAUCAGAAGAUUAUAACAAGAUGACUCCUGUGAAAAACUAUCAAGCACAUCAGAGCAGAGUGACCAUGAUCCUGUUUGUUCUGGAGCUGGAAUGGGUGCUGAGCACGGGGCAGGACAAGCAGUUCGCCUGGCACUGUUCUGAGAGUGGGCAGCGACUGGGAGGUUAUCGCACCAGUGCUGUGGCCUCAGGCCUGCAAUUUGAUGUUGAAACCCGGCACGUGUUUAUUGGUGACCACUCAGGCCAAGUAACCAUCCUCAAACUGGAACAAGAAAACUGCACCCUGGUCACAACAUUCAGAGGACACACAGGUGGGGUGACUGCUCUGUGUUGGGACCCCGUUCAACGAGUUCUGUUCUCGGGCAGCUCAGAUCACUCUGUUAUCAUGUGGGACAUCGGCGGCAGAAAAGGAACAGCCAUCGAGCUCCAAGGACACAAUGACAAAGUCCAGGCUCUCUCUUAUGCGCAGCACACGCGGCAGCUCAUCUCCUGUGGGGUUGACGGUGGAAUUGUCGUCUGGAACAUGGACGUGGAGAGGCAGGAGACUCCUGAGUGGUUAGACAGUGAUUCCUGCCAAAAGUGUGAUCAGCCUUUUUUCUGGAACUUCAAGCAAAUGUGGGACAGUAAAAAAAUUGGUCUGAGACAGCACCACUGCCGCAAGUGCGGGAAGGCGGUCUGCGGCAAGUGCAGCUCCAAGCGCUCCUCCAUCCCUCUGAUGGGCUUCGAGUUUGAAGUCAGAGUCUGUGACAGCUGCCACGAGGCCAUCACAGAUGAAGAACGCGCACCCACAGCGACCUUCCAUGACAGCAAGCACAACAUCGUGCAUGUGCAUUUCGAUGCGACCAGAGGGUGGUUACUGACUGCUGGGACUGACAAGGUUAUUAAGUUGUGGGACAUGACCCCGGUAGUGUCUUGAUGGCCCUCCCAGACAUUAGAAAGAUAGUAUUUACUCAAGAAUCUAUUGUUCUAAUCCAAACCAUUGCUGGAACUGAAAAGCAGACAUGCAAGAAGAGAGAAGAACCUCCCUGAGUUUGCAUAUUACCUACACACACCGUGGCGAGCAGUCAAUGAGCACUUAAUGCAGAGACUCUUACAACUGUUCAUACAAUAUAAAAGAAGAUAUUUUUUUAACAAAUGGUUUAUACAGUCUGGCUGUGCUACAUUGUUUUUAGUAUACUGGACAUUCUGGGUGAGGUAUUAAUUUUUAUAUUUUCAGUACUUCUUUUUAGUUGUUGCUUUGUGUGUCAGAAAUGAAGCAAGUAUCUGUUGGGGGCUUUGAGGUCAUUAUAAAGUGGUUUCCAUGUUUUCUUCACAUGGGAUCACAUGGUCAGCAUCUUCUCUCUGUAUCUGCCCUCACCCUCAUCCACUAUUCACCAGAAUGUAUGUUUUUUACACUGUUUGUUCUCAGUGUUUCUGUUUCUUAGAAAUCCUCUUCACUUGAGAGAUUUGGCAAACUGUGGAUUUACCAACUGACUUCUUGAAACGCCUGCAGAAUGUUCUGCUUACAAUGUCUGACCCAUCCAUGUGCUUUUUGAGUAGCGAUGACCUUGUGCAUCUGUCACUGCUCCAUUCUUUCACACAUGAAAGAAAGUGUUAUGAGGAAGCUGCUCGCAACCACUGUCCCCACAGAGGUAGACAGCGUGACUCAGAGCUUCGACCCUCAGUGCCUGGAUCAUUUCUAAUUCGGUUGGAGUUUUCUGAGCCCUUGUUUUAGUUUCAUUGACACAGCUUUCCCUCACUUACAAUAUUAAGAACAAACCAAACCAAACCAAAAUCUCCGUCCUUCAGAGUGUCUUCUGUGUUUUUCCAUAUGGCAUCACCUCUGAGCUUGAAAUUAACUUAUUAAGAUUGUGUCCUGCUCUGUUCCUUACCAAGUAUUUUUUCUUCUCUUUAAAAACUAGCUAUUUUAUCUAAUGUAUUUUACUGGGAGACUUUGCAUACUUUCAUACUACAGCUCUGUGAUCUCAAGCAGGAAGCCUGAACCCGGAAGCCUGGGCUUUGUGCUUUGGGGAAUAUGAAAAAGGGCUUUAGAAAAUGAAGUUGAAGAACUCAUUUUAAGGGAAUCCAGCCCAAGUUGUGAAGUAUUCAUAUGGGUACUACUGACUCAACUUGGGAUAUUGGAGUCAUUUUUAAAAAUCUUACUUUCACCUUUAAAAGUAGAAUUCAAGUCAGUGGCAAGUGUACCCAUUCCAAGCAUGCUCCACAUACCUCAUUUGGUCCUCACCUGUCAGAACAGCAAGACAUCACUAGUCUCUUGUGGCCCAUAAGAUUAAAUAAAACAUUGCAGGUAAGCAGGCCAGUUACUUGUCCUUCCCUAUCGAAGCUCUGUCUCCAUAGUACCAUGUUCACUUGUGAUUUCAAGAUUUGGUGAUAGUGUUCAAAAUUCUGGGAUUUUUUUUUCCUAGAAAGCAAUUUAUUCCUUCCUGACUUUCAUAACUUUUUAACUGGGAGACAUACUACCAGGCAUACUUGGGCUCCACCCCUGAUAGAGACCAGUGUGCCCUUGGGCUUCCUAGAGAUAAUUCUGCUGCUGCAGGAUUGGGAAACAACCCACAUACUAUUGUGCCCCGUGCAGCAACCAUGAGAUGGGAUCGCGUCAGCUGGGCCUGCGGCCCACAGGGUCACGUGACCAUAAUCUAAGCAGCAACCCCCUGUCACUUCACUCCCUUCCCCACAACCCUUGCUUGCGUUCAGUCAAAGCUGUGUAACUGAUCUGACUCUUUGCCAUGUGAUUGCCCUGAGAGACUUUCAGAAAUGAAUUAUAUUUAGAAUGUUCAAGUAUCUGGUUUGUAGUUUAUUACUAAAACCUGCAGCCACUUUCUAAAUUAUACAUAGUAGAGAACUACGUGUUAGCAGUGAACGAUAGAAAUGAAACUGUUUUCUAUUCCUGAACUUUGGACCUCAGCUUGUACAGAGAAGGACACACAGUGUUAGAGAGAAGGUAGGUCAGGCACCCUGCUAGCCUGGCUUGAAUCCUGAGCUAGGACUAUAGUCAGAUCCCAUUUGGGAAUUUUAUUGUCCCUGUUGGAUCACAUGAACAACAUACUGGGGUCACUGUGACCUUUGACCCUGCCCUUCAUUCUAGCCAGGUCCCUCCAGGCAUGGCUGUCCCCAGCCCACAGAGCCUCAGGUGUUGCAUCCACUUGACAACUCUUUAAUGAGUCAAGAUCUAAACCACAGAUAUGUCAAGGAAUCCAUUACUCUGCGCUUUCCUUCUCAUGUGUGAAUGCUUCAAUUUGUUAAGAAGUGCUUAGCAAGCCAACUGUGGUCUGGAAUGCAGUGAAUUCUUCGUUUAACACCGAGUGUCUGGAACUCAUGGGGAGCUGUGUGCUGGUGUUGGGUGUCUGCUAAGAAUUUUAUAGGAUAAAGGCUUCGUUCUUUAGGAAAGGAAGCUUGCACCAGCGCUUGGAUUUUUUCUUGCCUGGGGUCAGUGUCAUAGUUCUGGUUUUACCCUACUAGACUUGCACUUUACAUAUAUUUCUGCUUCAUCCUACAAAAUCUAUGCCUAACAUGGCUGUGCUGAGAAAGUGGCAAAACUUUUGUACCUGCCACGCAAAGAGCUGCUGUUUGUUUGGUGGGAUAAAACUAAUCAUGUGCUCUCAGUUUCUCCAAAGAAAUGUUUACUGAAACUUUAACUGCCUAGAUAUGUCUUCACAGUGGCAAUGAGAUUUUAGAUUAAAUACUUGGGAUUGUGUGUCUUUUUGUAUAAGGUCAGCCCAUAUGAUGCAUUUCUCAUUUGGUUUGUCUUACUCAAAGAAUCAUAAAAUCACAAAACUGGAAAGGCUCUUGAGAGAUCUAAAAUGUUCUAAACACACAGAACACUUUAGUUCUACCAAGCAGUUAGUUACAGCUGUAGUGUAAACAAGAGAAUCUCAAAGAAGAAUGUCAAUGAAUAGUUGUUUUUGAACAUUGGUUGUUUUGAACAUUACUGGUAAUAGCUUGAGUGGGAGGAGUGACUUCCAGUGCCUUGAGACAGGGAGUUCUCAAGAACCAGGUUUGUUCCACUGCUCGUCAGCAAAUCUGACACUUCCUUAGGCCUCAACCCUGUGUAAUGAGUGGGUGGGUACCAUGCAGUGAGAUUUAUUACAUUUCUUCCUCAGCAUAAACUACUCCCUAUACUCUUCCUCAUGGACCACCCCCAUUGCAGAAUUUAAGUGGAAAUCAAGGGGCAACAGAUUUCCUUCCCCUAGCUGAAGACUGCCCCUAGGGAGUCCACAUCAUUUUGCUCUUAGGGUAGAACCUCACUUUUUUGUAUUUUGAGAUUACAUCAUUUUAAAGUAUAAUUUAUUUUUGCUUAACAUUAAUCUUUAAAGCCUGUGUUUGGACUUUGAAGCAAAGGAAGAGCUCUAUACUAUGUUUCACUUCCUGAGUAUAUUCAUUAAUUGAGACACCCUUGGUGUUCAGUUUUCAUAAAGUAAUUCAAAUGUCUAUAAAUGACUUUCUUCAUUAAGACUUAUACUUUGAAGUGAAAGCAUCUGGCAACAAAAAAAAUCCUUUUUUCUGUCCUUUAAAAUAAUAUUAAGUUUUUCCUGACAGAAAAAUUAAUACCUAGUAAUGUGAUUGGAAAAUGCAGAAAUAAGUCCAUUUGAACACUGAGUAAUCUAGAUGGUUCUUGAAAUUCCAGUGUGGUUCAACCAGCUGCUUGUUGAAAGCUUGCCAUACCCUAGAGUCGGAACUAGGCCCUGAGGGACAGGACCUACCCCUUUCCAGAGCAAGCCCCACAGUAAAGAAGGUGUUUGCAUCUUUCUGGAUGAACAACCCCUCACUGUAGGUGCUGCUGCUGCAAAUCAUUCCACAUUGGCCUGGAAGAAUAUAUGAACUAAUUCUAUAACUACAUGGUGGGAUGGAGCAGCUCCUCUUUGAAUACAGAAAGCCCUUGUGACGUGGCACAUGGAGAUUGUUUGAGAUACCUGCAGCAUCGAAAGAAUACACAGUACAAGACCAUUGAUGCAUUAGCUGCUGCCCUCCAUUUCCUUCUCUGCCUUAAAUCAUUCUUCAAGUAAUGGACUGUUUCAGCACACUGGGGCAACUACAAGCUCCUCACAGUGGCACUCCCUCAGAGGGAAGAAACAUUUCCCUCAAUUCAGCGUGAGUAAAAAGGGCUCAAGUCUCCCUCUCAGAGACAUGGUUUUGUGUCAGGUGUCCAGUGUCCCCAGGUCUUGUUUUGAUGCCCAUUUGCCUUUUCUCUCAGUACCCAAGUAUACCACAUCCAUAACUUAAUUCGGGAAUAUUCUUCGCUUUGUGGCUUCAGUUCAACUUUAGAACCAAGAACUAUAUACUUACCAACCAUUGGGGUUUUUAGUUUGUAAUUUUGCCUUCAAACAUUAUCAUUUCCACCAAGAGGUCUAUUUAGGCCUCACACACAAGGGCAGAGUCCAAACAUUUUUGCAAAAUUGUAAUGGAAUUCUACUUUUGUAUCUCAUAUACAGGGAAAUUUUUGAAGAGAUUGGAGAUAGCAGCCCCUUUAGAGAUGUGAAAAAGAGAUUAAAUCCUGAGUAAAAGUUGAAUUCAGUGAUCAUUCUUCUUCAGUUGCCUUCCAGUCCCUCAAACCUGUGUUUUCAUGAAUAUUGUCUAUAUGGGAUCAGCCUGAACCAUUAUCAGAGAACAGUGUACACAUGGCUGACCCGGGUAAAUAGGAGAGCAUCUCACUGCUUUUGUCUUCUGUCACAGCAAGUAAAUUGCUUCCUGCAUUUUUCCAUCUAGAGCCAGGUAGGUUUAAAAAAAGGUGGUGAAGAUGGAAGUUAGUCAUGGUACUAUCUCAUGAAAAAUAGAUACCUCAAAAUAUUCACCUCUGUGAGUCAAAAAGUGUACCUGACUUUAUGGUACAAAAAGAUGUCCAGGAAUGGCAGCUUGAGUUAAAGGUUAGAUCUGUAAUCUCUCCUUGCUUAUUUAUGAUUCUUACUUUUUGUUGUUCCUGGGGAAGCAUGAAAGGGUGAACUGUAACAAAAAGGGAAAGAUUUUUUUUAAGUAUUUCAUUUAUAUCUACGUGAUCUUUUUUGUUUGUUUGUUUUCCUUUUAAAUGGACACUCCUUAGGUCAGUAGGAAGCAUGGACCCACAUAUUUGUGUUGCUGCUAACCACUGUACUCUAAUAUAUGGUAUUUUAUACCACUUGCCUUGCUUUUUAAGUGACUUUCAGUCUACUGUCAUCUUGCAAAAAAUACACAUAUGUGUGUGUGUAUGAAAAGUGUAUAUAUAUAUAUAUAUAUACACUUUUCAUAUAUAUACAUGUAUAUAUAUAUAUAUAUGAAAAGUAUGAACGCUGCCAUUAGCUGGACAACGGGGAAGGUGCUAGCCCCAUGUUCGUGCCUGCCUACCACUUAGUCAUAACCAGGGCCAUGGACUCCAUUCCGCUCACCCGUCAGCCUGCAAUCUCAUCAGAACCUGACUACAAUGGGCAUUGGCUUAGGGAGAUCUUUUUUCCUUCUUUUGAAAUGAGAAGAUUCUCCCAGAGUCAGACUGAGAAUGUACAAAGCCAGAAGUUGGAAUAGAUUUCUCAAAUGUGAUUCUAGCUGAUCUUCUGGACUUGGCCAUGCUCUCUGCCACUAGAGUCCACUAACCAGACCAAACAGUCUGAAAUUGACUUCCUGAAUGUGAUUAUUAGGUGGGAUUGAGCAAGAGUUUCCUACAUUAAAAUGUCUGUAUCCAGUUCUACAUUCAAAUGCUGCUGAAUGUUGUGAAUGUUCUUAAACUCUGCUCACUUUCCCACUGUGCUUUCCUCUUAACUGAAAUGUACCUGUAGCCAUUACCAACGUAAGAGACUCAAUGCAAAGUUGCCUCCAUGAUUUAAAAUAAAUCUCUGUGGAAAUGUC